AUGGACAAACCUCAACGUUUGCUUCUAAAUAUUGAAGAUUAUCAUCAACAGGCAAAAAGCAAAUUACCUGCGAUGAUCUAUGAUUUCUAUAGUACGGGCUCCGAUGAUCAACUAACUUUAAUUGAUAACGAACGAGCUUUUCGACAAAUCAAAUUACGUCCAAAAGUAUUAAUUGAUGUUUCUUCACACUCGACGAAUAAUUCGAUCAAUUGCCAAACUCAAGUUUUGAAUUCGACGGCAACACUUUCAUUUCCUUGCAUGAUUGCUCCAACUGCAUUGCAUCGAUUAGCGAAUAAUGAACAUGGAGAAUUAGCAACAGUUCGAGCAGCUGUUGCCUGUUCGACAAUUAUGUGUGUAAGCACAAAUGCGUCUGUAGACAUGAAACGAAUUGCUGAUGAACAUCAUCAACAAAUCAGAAUGAACUAUCCUCAAAGUACAUCACAACUAUGGUUUCAGCUGUAUGUUUUAAAGAAUCGUCGAAAUACACAAAAAUUAAUUGAACGUGCUGAAGAAUGUAAUUACAAAGCUUUGGUGAUCACAGUCGAUCAUUGUGAGCAAGGCAAUAGAGAAUGUUACAUUCGAAAUAACUUCACUUUGCCAAAUGGGAUUCAAGCUGAGAAUCUCAUGGAUGAUGAUAAUGACAAUACUGAGUUCGGUAAAACAUAUCGAAGCGAUAUACCAAUUGAUGCAGCACUAUCAUGGAAAGAUAUCGAUUGGAUACGAUCAAUUACAUCGUUACCAGUUAUUAUUAAGGGCAUUAUUCAUCCUGAUGAUGCUCGAGAAGCUAUUCGACAUGGUGUGCAAGGUAUUAUUAUUUCAAAUCAUGGAGGUCGACAGUUGGAUACUUGUCAGGGAACAAUUGACGCUCUACGAGACAUUAUGAUAGCUCUUGGAAACGAUAAAGAUCAAAUCGAUAUUUAUGUUGAUGGUGGAAUUCGGCGAGGAACUGAUAUCUUGAAAGCGAUUGCCUUGGGAGCAAAGGCCGUGUUGGUUGGACGGCCGAUACUAUGGGGUCUAGCAGUAGACGGUGCACAAGGUGUACAAAGUGUAUUGAAUAUUUUGAAAAAUGAAUUUCGAUUAGCCAUGAUGCUCUGUGGUUGUCAAACGAUUGAAGACAUUCGAAAGAACAAUCUAUUAAUUCUAGAUAACAGAUCGAAACUGUAA